AUUGUUGGUAAAUAUAAACAAAUUAAGUUAAUUAAAACACAUAUAAACAUACAAUGUAUGUAAUAUUAUUUAAUUUUUUCAUUCUAAUUAUUAAUACAAAAUAUACAUGAUAUGCAAUAUUUUUUUAUGUUGCAUGCAACAGGUUAAAGAUUUUUAUUUUAUUUUUUGAACGAUUUAUUUUUGUAUAUGCAUUUAAAUUGUAACAUAUUAGAUGGCAUAAUUUUCUCAAAAUUGAUAUUUUAGAAAUUAAUAUUGAGAACAUAAAAUUUUAUAACAUCGUGUUUCUUUUAUAUCUGUGUUAAAAUUUUAUUUCAUCUUAUUCUACUUUGAUGAUAUUUUUCAUAUACAAGAGACUGACGAUGUGAUUCUUAUCUGAUUUUUUACUAUUUAUUUUCUUUAUAUUAAUUUCAUUUAUAGUAUUCUAAGAAAGCGCUGAUUUUUAAAUUAUUAUCUAUUUCCAUUUUUUCUCACUAAAAUAAUAAUUUAUUUUAUGUUGGUAUACCUGAACAUUUAUAAAUAUAAUGUUGGUAUACCUGAAUAUUUAUAAAUAUAAAACAACAUUGGUCACUUUUCCGGUUACGAUCAUUCUUUCAAUAUAACAAGAUGGCUGAUCAGAGUGAACGUGCAUUUCAAAAGCAACCCACGAUCUUUCUUAACCGUAAGAAAGGUUUGGGUCCCAAAAGACGGAAGCCUAUGAGGUACAGUCGUAAUGUAGGUCUUGGUUUUAAAACACCUCGUGAAGCGCUUGAAGGAACUUACAUUGAUAAAAAAUGUCCAUUUACUGGUAACAUUUCUAUUAGAGGACGCAUUCUUACUGGAGUAGUACAAAAGAUGAAAAUGCAAAGGACCAUUGUUAUACGUAGGGAUUAUCUUCAUUAUAUCAGAAAAUACAAUCGUUUUGAAAAACGUCAUCGUAAUAUGAGUGUUCAUCUUAGUCCUUGCUUUAGAGAUGUGGAAAUUGGUGAUGUAGUAACAAUUGGUGAAUGCAGACCACUUAGCAAGACAGUUAGAUUUAAUGUUCUGAAGGUUUCAAAAGGAACAGGAUCUAAGAAAAGUUUCAAAAAAUUUUAAGGUUAUAAAUAUUAUAAUUUAUAAUUUAUAAUAAGAUUGAUUUUUUUUUAUAAAUUAUUAAAAAAAGCAAAAAUUCUAAAAUGAUGAAAAUAACGACGGUCUUCUGAAUUUAUUAAAAUGAAUGACAUUAUAUCGUAUUCUGAAUAUUUCAUAAAUAUUAUUUCAAUAUAUUUCUAAAAAAAAUUCAACAUUUUAUUUUUAUUUUAUUUUUUGUAUUACAGGAGAUCAACAAUAUUAUGAAGAAAAGAAGGAAGUUAUAUAAAUUAUCAUCUUGACUUGUAUCUUUUCAUGUUACAAAUUAAAUAAAAACAUUUCUAAACAAAA